AUCUUUUAAAAGUUCAAAAUAUAUAAAUCAGAUAACAUCAUUUUAUCAUCUACUUAGAUAAGUACAUUUAAAUAUUAUUCAAUUAUGCCAAGAAUAUUUUUUUUUCUUAGCGGCACUAUAUUAUCUUCUUCUAUAACAUAUAUAUUGCUUUUACAAAUGCGUUCAACAACAUGUUCAUUGUCAGAAUCUUUAACACGUCAAUCAUUUCGGCUUAAAAACCAUGAUUAUUUUUCAAAUCCAUUAUGGAUGCCAAUGGUAUCAUCAGCCAAUUGGAUGGAAUUGGUGAAAGAAAGAUGGAAUAACACUCUUCGUUUUAUAUCAAUGAUGCCAUUCACUAAUAUUAUAAAAAAUGAUUUUUUAAACAAAAUAUUGGAGGAUUUUUAUUUUACGCUUCGUAAAAAAUAAGAAAUACUAUUUUAAGA